UUGAUUUGAAUGAAACAAAAAAAAAAUAGUACCGUUUGUUUUUUUCUUUGUCGAUAAUUAUGUGCAUAAAUUCAACUACAAAAAUCAUUACACGAUCUUGCGUUCGUCGCCUAUAUAAAGAUCUAUUACGAUUUGGUCGUAACGAAUUGCAAUAUACGAAUAAAGAUUAUUUUUGUCAACGAAUUCGUAAAGAAUUUCGUGUCAAUCGAAAUCUUGAUCGUCCAGAAGAUAUUGAAUACUAUUAUAAGAAAGGAUUAACUUUAUUACAAAAACGAGCCAUAGUUUAACAUAUUUUCAAAUGUUUUUUCGUAAUCACCAUCAUACUAAUCUCAUUGUUAAUCAUUUUUUUCGAACAUCUCAGUUGUUACAAAAUUCUAUU